AUGCUCAAGACACCACAUCGUGCCCUGUUGGAGUGUUUGAGAAGACCUCCUUCACAAUGUGUGGUGGGGCUGACAGUGAACCGCGCAUUUCCAACCGCACGGCGUUUCAGCGAUGGUAAAUCUGAGCACAAUGGUAAAAGUCGGACACAGGAAAAGCGAAAGAGACCAAUAUUUCUUGCCUCGGCAUUAUCUGCAACUGUAACGACGAUUGGAGGAACAUUGCUAUAUACCGUAGUAAGCCACGAGAAGCAGAAGGACGAUGAGUCCCAUUAUGCGAGCCGAGCAGAGAUGGAAUUGGCAGUUGAAGAGAUAAGAAAAGCACUUGGAGAAGAUGCUGUAAGUAUAGAAGAUGAAAUACUUCAUUCUCACGGUUAUUCGGAUUGGUCGACGAUAAACAUCGAGCGGCUACCAGUUGCCGUCGCAUUUCCCAAGACGACGGAGGAGGUUGCUGCAAUUGCAAAGAUAUGUCACAAGAGACGUGUACCGAUGAUUCCUUAUUCUGGGGGCUCGAGUGUUGAAGGCCACUUCUCAGCACCUUUUGGUGGCGUGAGUGUUGAUUUUGUGAAUAUGAACCAGAUCUUAGAGGUGCACAGCGACGACCUCAAUGUGGUUGUUCAGCCAUCUGUGCCGUGGAUGGAUCUAAACGAGAAGAUUAAAGACACUGGUCUAUUCUUCCCCAUAGACCCAGGCCCUUCUGCUCAGAUUGGCGGCAUGGUUGGAACGAACUGCAGUGGGACGAAUGCUGUCAAGUACGGUACCAUGAGAGACUGGGUAGUCAAUCUCACAGUAGUACUAAGCGACGGCACAAUCCUCAAGACCCGAAGACGACCGAGAAAGUCAUCAGCAGGCUAUAACCUGAACUCACUAUUCGUAGGAUCUGAAGGCACCUUGGGUUUCGUCACCGAAGCUACGCUGAAGCUAGCUCCCAUCCCUGAACACACAGGUAUCGCAGUAGUCACAUUUCCAUCAGUCAAAGCUGCAGCAACCAUGGCCAUUGAAGUCAUCCGUCGAGGGAUACCGAUCAGUGCUGUUGAGAUCCUCGAUGAAGUACUUAUGAGCGUUAUCAACAGAAUGGGCGCAACAUCUCGGAAGUGGAAGGAAGAGCCGACGCUGUUCUUCAAGUUCAGCGGUAGUGAUGCUGUUGUCAAGGAUAGCAUUACACAGGUUCAGAGUAUUUCACAGAAGCAUCAUGCGAAUGGCUUCCAAUACGAAAGUGAUCCAGAGAAGCAGAAGGCUCUGUGGUCAGCUCGGAAAGAGGCGCUGUGGAGUAUGAUGGCAUUGCGUGAGACAGAUGGACAUGUUUGGUCCACGGAUGUCGCUGUUCCUCUAUCCCGAGUUUCCGAGCUUAUAGACAUAUCCAAGAAAGAACUUGUGGAGCUAGGAUUAUUUGGUAGUAUUCUUGGACACAUCGGCGACGGCAACUUCCACGAGACGAUCCUAUUCGAGGAAAAGCAGCGCAAAGAAGUAGAAGACUGUGUUCACAAAAUGGUGUCACGAGCGAUUGAGAUGGAGGGAACAUGCACGGGUGAGCAUGGUGUCGGGCUUGGAAAGAAGGAGUUUCUUCGGGAGGAGGUUGGAGAGGUACCGAUCCAAGUCAUGAGAGCUAUCAAGACGAGUCUGGAUCCGCUGUGGUUGAUGAACCCGGGAAAGAUAUUCGAUCGCAGAGAUUAG